UAACAAUCACGUCCAAUCCUGUCAUCCUCUUUUUAAAGGCGGCAGACAGUUUAACGGGCCUGGAUGAGGGGGAUCGGGCCGUUAGUCAGAGAGGAAACUGAAUGGAUGACGUCCUUUACAGGCUGAAUUUAAAAUAUACAAAAGAAACUUUGUUUUUGUGGGCGUGGCCGACAUGUGACGGUAAGGGGGCGUGGCCCUAAUGAAUAUUCAUCGGCGCGUGGCUGAGACCGAGGCACGCGAGGAGAGCGCUGGAUGGAUACCACCAUCUCGGCGUCAGGGAGCAGGAGGAGGAUGUCAAACCCCGAGGUUUUUCAAGUUUGUCACUGAAGGAAAGCAGCAGCCGGACUCAGCUCUGAAAGACGAAGCGCCUCUUCUUAAUGACUCGCAUCUAGAAGACUCGGCGAUCGCGAGCAGUGCAGACAGCCUUUGUCCAUCCGUCCAGUCAGCCGUAGACACACAUACACAGACAGUCAUGAUGGAGUCUAUCUUAGACAGUUUAACAGCGGAGAAACUCUAUCCGUCCGGAGGCACCAACCUGUUGGACCUGGAGGAACUCAGCGACGGGGAUUUCCUCACUAACGUGCCUUUCUCAGGUGACCAGAUGGACGACUUCAGCAGCGAGCUAUUCAACAGCUUCUUUGACGACCACCUACUGGAGCGACCCCUGCUGGCAGACAGACCUUCCCUUCUACACAUCGACAUGGACAGCAGCCCAGAUAUCCAAGCCGAGCACAGCUACUCUUUGAGCGAAGACUCCGCCCCUCAGAGCCCUGCCCUGUCAGUCAAAAUGGACCAAGAGUCUGAGUUCGAGUGGAGCUUCAGCCAGGACCUGUCGGCCAUCCUGGUCAAGCAGGAGGAGCCGGACGUGGGGCAAAGAUUAGACCCUCAACCCAUGGAAGGACCCCCCCUCAUAUUAAGUCCAGCCCCUCCGCACAGAGGGUCACCGUGGAGACACGCGGUAAGCGCCACGGCGACGAAACGCGAUAAACGACGUUGUUUGCUGUUGCGCUCACCGCCAUCUUUACGUUUACAGGAGCAAGACGACGAGAAGCCGGUAGCUAUAAAGGAUGAGCCCAGAGAGAUCGGACAGUACCUCAGCCUGCCCAGCGACGAUGCCCUCCAGCUCCCGCCCACCCCUCCCAGCAGUAACCACGGCGACAGCGACGGCUCACUCCCGCCGUCCUCCCCCCACCUCCCCCUGCCGCCGUCCUCCCCUCAGCCGCAGCAGAGGCCGGGGGGCCGCGCCUCUUCCUCUUCCACCUCCUCCUCCUCCUCCUCGGCCAUCUCCUCCUCGCCUCUCCUCACUGCGCCGCACAAGCUGCAGGGUUCGGGGCCGCUCAUGCUGACGGAAGAAGAGAAGAGGACCCUGGUGGCGGAGGGUUACCCGGUACCUAACAAACUUCCUCUCACUAAGAGCGAAGAGAAGGCACUGAAGAGAGUCCGUCGGAAGAUUAAAAAUAAGAUCUCAGCUCAGGAGAGUCGGAGGAAGAAGAAAGAGUACGUGGAAUGUCUGGAGAAAAAGGUGGAGAGUUACACGUCGGAAAACAGCGACCUGUGGAGGAAAGUAGAAAACCUGGAGACUGCCAACAGGUCUCUCCUCCAACAGCUCCAGAAGCUUCAGUCGCUGAUUUCAGGGAAAGUCCUCCCCCGUUCCUGUAAAAUGGCCUCGACUCAGACAGGAACAUGCCUCAUGAUGAUGGCCUUGUGUUUUGUCCUGGUGUUGGGCUCCUUCUCACCCUGCCUCUCCCCCCGAUCGUUGCUAGCCCACACUUCCACUUUGUCCUCCUCCUCCUCCUCCUCCUCCCCUCCUUCCUCCCCGCCUUCGCCGUCAGCGGACCUCUACACCACCAGUCGGGUCCGCUCCCGCAGCCUGCUCUUCUACAACGAAGAGGCUCCGCUGGAGGAAAGUUUAGUGCCAUCAGAAGGUGAGAGGCUAGAGUCAGAAGGCCACUCUCGCAUCCAGGCCGGCCGAUACACCGCUGACGCCCACAGCAACCACACAUCUGGGCCCAACUUAGACCGGAGAGAAACGAAACCUGACGGAGUCUCGGAGUUCUUCUGACACAGCCUGACCCCUCCUCGCAUGACUUCUCACCUCUGACCCCUAAAAAGCCACACACUGCUCACGCCAGACUGCUUCAUAUCCACAAAACCUGCCUGCCAAAAUCCACAACGCCAUCAUCAUUCCCCGCCCCCCCGACCCCCCACCUUUUAGGCAGAAUCCUGGUAUCCUGGAUGGAGUUCUUCUCUCCUUAUACUUGAAUAUUCUUGAUUUUAAAUGGACCUUCUCGUUUAGAGUUUCCAUUUUUAUGCACUAAAAAAUUUAAGAUACCAGCCUAAUUCCUCCCGAAUCAGUUUAAGCUAACUGAACAUUUAGUGUUUAAUUCACACAUUUAAAAACAUUGUAGCCUUAAUUAAACCUUAGAACCUCCAGCCAGUAUGGCGCCAUAAACUCAUCAGUCUGUUUUAGAUUCUCCACGCAGCAAAUUCAUUUUUAACUUUCUCUUUCACAUAACAUCUCUUAACUAAGGGCUGCGUCUAUGCGACUUAUUUUCCUACAAAUCAAAAAACAGCGCAAACGGCCCCAAAAGUUACACUUUAGAAGCUAAUAAUUGACUUAAUAAAUUAGCUUGACGUACAUGACCAGGUCCACAGGUGUAAAAGUGAACACGUGCUUUACAUUUUCAAAGUGCCUUCCACUCGAUUCAGUUUGGUGGAUUCUCACAUAUUUGCUACGGAGCUGGACGAAGAUCUGCGUUACAGAUCAAAAUGUUGGUCUGUGUAAAUUCAAUUAGCCUGGAUCAAUGCAGCAUUUUUUUUUUUUUUUUUGCUUUUUGGGGGAGACCAUAUUUUCAUACCAUAAAGAGGCUGGGGAGGGGGGGGACGUGACAUAAAAGUAUUUUUUAUGGAAAUUAAAAAUUGUACAUAUAAUAUAUUUGCAGCAUCAAAAAAAAGAGCAUAUUUAAUUUAUGCAACAAAAAAAAUAAAUGUUUUUAAGGGCAGUUUAUCUUAUUGUCUCAUUUUUUAAAAUAAUGUUUUAAAAGAAACAAAAAAUACAACUUAUAAUAUAUUCAGAGCAUCAGAAAAAAGAGCAUAUUUAUUUUAUGCAAAAAAAAAAGAAAGGAAGAAGAAAGACGGGAAUUGUUUUGUAUGCUUUGUGUGCAUUUAGGAUGAUGGCGGAGUUUUACGCGGUGGUGCUUCAUCGCGCGCAACGCUUCGACAUGAUCAGUGUGCGUCUUUUAACUGUAAUACAGUGUUUAUGUUUCACUGCUGUCGCAUGGAAGCCUCGUGAUUUUAAAACCUCAUUUAUUUGUACAAUCAAAUCAAACAAAAAAUUGGAUUUUUUUACCCCCCAAAAGCCGCGUAAUCGAUCGCAAAUAGACAAAACACUGAUGGUAAAAUGUGCUCAUGCGACAGCAGUGUGCGUUUGUGUAUUUAUUCCUGUUUGUAGAAAGUGUGUAUAUAUUGAUGAAGCCAAUCAGGGGACUAACUACAUUCCAGGAAGUAAAAUGCCACUAGUUUUGUUUACUACGUACUUUGAUUGAUUGCUAUGGCAUUUUAAAAGUCUUUAUUUCAUUACCACUGAGAAGAUAAAGCAUGCACACAAAAACAUAUAAUAGAAUUAUCAUGGUUUAGUUACGAAUAAAAUCACUAAUCCAAAUUCUUCAGGGAAGACUUGUAAAGCACCCUGAAAUCUUUUUUUUUUUUUUUUAUCUCUUAAAAAGAAAAAAAAAAUUCACAUUUAUCACAGGUUUUCUUGCUUUCCUUUCUCGCAUCUGUAUCCAUUUUAUUUCCAAGAAAGAAUUUUAUUUUCCAAGAAUACACGAAAACAUCAUGUGACUGCAGCCCGUUGCACAUCCUGUCAUUCUCACUCACAACUCUUAAUGCACCGAUGUACAUAAAUGAUGACAACUUAAUGUGCAGUUGUUGUAAAUAAGGGCCUCGUUUUUUUUUUUUUUUUUGUAUUGUGACUUUGUCCAAGAUUUUAACCUGUGGAAUCCAGAUGGGUAUAAAAAAACAAUAGUGGGAGGAUGGAGAGGAGGGGAGGGAUUGAGGGGGGGUUGAAAGAAAAAAAAGUGUCACUUGUAAAGAAGCCUUGACGACACAGCAGCUGCACACAGUUUGAAUAAUAGUAGUGAAACGCCUUGAGGUGCUCGAUUGUUCCAAACUGAAUAUUUAGAAAACAUUUGAAUGUCCUGAAUGAACAAUCGGGCGCUUCACAGUGAGUUGGAUUAUUUGAAAUGUGUUUGGAUGUCUUGUUGCCUCGGUGUGUUUGUAUAGCGUCCUGCAUGUUCCUCCAUAUAUAACUAUGUUAUCUUAGUAUAGUCCGUAGAGUAGAAACCAGCAAAAUAUUAAAAAACUGCAUCAGCAA